GCACGCCCUAAAUCUUGGGACUAACUCCUGAGGGACCCCACCUAAUACUUUGCGGUGGACAGUAAAAAACACAGACUCAUGAAGAAGGGGAAUCGGGUGAGGGACCACUGCAUUUUCCAGAAGGCCAUAGCCUGUUUUUAUCUCAGAAAUGGAGGCAGAAAGUAUAAGCCCAGAAACCACAGGGGAUCCUGAAACACCCUCAAUUCCAAGCCAGCCUUUUGUGGGAAAGCUCACAAGAAGCAUGAUACCCCCGAAAUUGCAGAAGAAACAAGACCAUUGCCCCAAGACCAAUUACAGAGCUGCUGUACCCUUUACUCCCCCUGAGCGGCUGACCAGCUGCUUCUUCCGGAGGCCGGUCACUCUCAUCACCGCCCACCCCGGCAAUGAGGUCAGGUAUGGCCCACACAAGGCCACGCUGGAGAAGCCGCAUCAGCUCUGUGCAAGCUGGAGGCUGGAGGCAGUCAAGAACCAAGGCACCGAAGAAGGUUUAAGCCGACUGGAUUUUGAAAACACCUAUAAAAGACUGACUCAAGGAAGUCCAGGCGAAUCCCAAGACCAGUCUGGAGUUGAGAGCUUGCAGCCCACCCCCGGCCUGUCUCCGUUUUGGAAAGAGAUGAUCCCGGAAGCUUUGUGUCUUUUACCUCCCUCUUCCAGCCGGCAGGUCACUGCUGCAGACAUCCGGACACAGACUCGGAGAGUGAAGAAAGCCAGGGAGAGAUUAGCCAUGGCCUUGCAGGCAGACAGGCUGGCCAGGGAGGCAGAGGCCAGUGGCCAGGAGGAAAGGGCUGAAAACCAGACGGAAGCGGGAGCAGGGACUGCUGGGGAAUCCCAGGUGUGAGGCCACCGGAGCGGGGCUCACCAGAAAGUUUCCAGUGUUCUUGUCUGUCUUUUAAUUCUAGUUCUAAACUCACCAAGGAUCCUUUAUACACAACGUUUUAUUAUUAAACUCUUUUUUAGAAGCUUCUGCUGUAGGUGGCUUCGUGAGAUUAAAUUUCACUUGAGGAGCUCUUAUAGGUGUUCGAUUUUAGUUUAUAUUUUAUCUAUUCAUAAUAAAGUCUACAAAGAUAAUCUAACAUGAGGGAUCAUUUAUUGUUUGGGCCUUUACUUUUCUUCCUUACAAUACACUGAGGGAAGGGUUGAUACUUGUUCCAGAGAGUCUUUGUUUGUCUCCGUUUUUAGAGCUAUUACUAACACAUACAAACUGUACAAGCUACAAUUGUACUUGCCUUCACACCUGCAUCAACUUUUACCAUGGACCUUCUUCGUUCUGUAACCCUCCCUUAUCUCUAGCUACCCCCGCCAUGUUUAUACUCUUGUUGGACUCUUACUUUUUAUUGGUUUCCAAAUAUGAGAAAAACAUGCAGCACUUUUUUUUCUGUCUGGCUUAUUUCACUUCACAUGAUUUUUUC